AUUGCCAAAAUUCUGAAAAAGGCCCAAGAGAGAGAGAGAGAAGACGAAACGAUCGUCAGAGAGAGAAAGGUCUCAUCCAUUAUCACUCGCAGAAGAUUUGUUCUCAUCUGAUUCCUCCGAUCUGCCAUGGCUCUGCUUCGCUAACACUAAGAAGAUUCACACACGCGGUGAAGGAGGGAGGAGGAUAGAUCUCUUUUUCCGUCGCGAGAAAAAAAAAAACGUGUCUAGAGGCUUUCAUUAAGGAGUUGAUUCAUACUGAGAGAAGAUAGAAAUGGCAGAUGGGAUAUCGAGCUUUUGGGGUCCUGUGACUUCUACUAUAGAGUGUUGUGAGAUAAACUACGCCUACUCAUCCUACAUUGCAGAGUUCUAUAACACUAUCUCCAAUGUCCCUGGAAUCCUGUUGGCUCUCAUUGGUCUUGUCAAUGCAUUAAGGCAACGGUUUGAGAAGAGGUUUAGCAUUCUUCACAUAUCCAAUAUGAUACUUGCUAUCGGCAGCAUGCUCUACCAUGCCACUUUGCAACAUGUGCAACAACAGAGUGAUGAGACCCCAAUGGUGUGGGAGAUACUUCUUUACAUGUACAUCCUUUACUCACCAGAUUGGCAUUACAGAAGUACAAUGCCCACUUUUCUCUUCCUCUAUGGUGCUGCCUUUGCCAUAGUCCAUGCUUACCUCAGGUUUGGCAUUGGUUUCAAGGUCCACUACGUGAUCCUUUGCCUUCUAUGCAUCCCUCGGAUGUAUAAGUACUACAUUCACACAGAGGACACAGCAGCCAAAAGGAUUGCAAAAUGGUAUGUUGCUACAAUCUUAGUGGGAAGCAUAUGCUGGUUCUGUGACCGUGUCUUCUGCAAGACGAUAUCUCAGUGGCCUGUGAAUCCUCAGGGCCAUGCUCUGUGGCAUGUGUUCAUGAGUUUCAACUCUUACUGUGCAAACACAUUCUUGAUGUUCUGCCGAGCUCAGCAACGUGGAUGGAACCCAAAGGUAAAAUACUUUCUGGGAGUUCUUCCUUAUGUCAAGAUCGAGAAGCCAAAAACACAGUGAGAAGAAAAUGGGGAUAAAAAGCCCAGAAGAAAGAAGAAGAAGAUCAUAAAUAUAGUUUUUGUUCAACGUUUUGUCAGAAUCUCGACAUGGGUUUUUUAUUUUAUUUUUUGGAAGUGAAACUCUCUAGAUACAGUCUAGAUCUUUUUUUUUCUUUUUCUCUGUAUUAGUUAUUGGGAUUUGCUCUUAAGAAGAAUUGAGAUUGAUUUUUAACUUGCUAAAGAAGCUCUUGUUUCUACUUUUGUGUAUCUUCUUAAGUUGACAUCAUUUUCUAACUA